AUUAACAAUAACAAUAACCACAAUAUUUUACACAGAUGCAAGAUGUGGCUGUUUAUUGCAAUCCUGUUUUUGAUACAAGCACCCACGAACUCAGAAGAUGCUAUUGAGCAGAAAAAAGCUAUAAAACCUGAAACGUUCAUGAACGUUAGCCAAAUGAUCUGCCACAGAGGGUACCCCAGUGAGGAGUAUAAAGCCCUGACUCAUGACGGCUACUACGUCAGCCUGAACAGAAUUCCUCAUGGGAGAGAAAAUCCUAGGAACAGAGGGGUCAAGCCAGUCGUGUUUCUCCAGCAUGGAUUCCUUGGAGAAGGCAGUCAAUGGGUGGAAAAUCUGGCUAACAACAGCCUUGCCUUCAUACUAGCAGACUCCGGCUAUGAUGUCUGGCUGGGAAACAGCCGAGGGACAAGCUGGUCCCGGAAACACCAGAACCUUUCAGCUGACCAGGUUGAAUUCUGGGAUUUCAGCUUCCAUGAAAUGGCAAUGUAUGACCUCCCAGCCAUGAUCAACUUUGUUCUGCAGAAGACUGGGCAGAAGCAAAUAUAUUAUGUUGGCUACUCCCAGGGCUGCACGAUCGCGUUCAUUGCAUUUUCAUCCAUGCCAGAACUGGCUCAGAAAAUCAAAAUGUUUUUUGCCCUGGCUCCAGCAGUGACAAUGAAGCACACCAGAAGUCCCAUCAUGAAAAUGACCUUCCUUCUGGACAGGCAAUUCAAGAUGCUCCAGCUUCUGCUCGGCAGAACGGAUGCCUUGCUGCGGAUGAGGAAGCUGUGGAGGUUUCUUCCCAAACUGUGUAGGCACCCUCUGCUGCACAAACCCUGUGCCAACCUCCUCUUUCUGCUGGGUGGCUACAACGAGAAGAACCUCAACAUGACACAGCUGGAUGUGUACACAUCCCACUAUCCGGAUGGGACGUCUGUCAAAAACGUGAUACACUGGGCCCAGGUGCUGAAAUCGGGAGAUUUCAAAGCCUUCGACUAUGGCAGCAAAAACGCAGCCGUGUACCACCAGGACACACCUCCCUCCUACCGGCUGGAGGAGAUGCCUGUGCCCACCGCAGUGUGGUCAGGGGGGGAGGACUGGGUGGCUGACUGGAGGGAUGUCCGCCUGCUGCUGCCCCGCAUCGCCCAUCUCGUCACCUAUGUCCACAUCUCUGACUGGAACCACUGGGACUUCAUCUGGGGCUUGGAUGCCCCCAGGCGCCUCUACAGCAGCAUCCUGGUGAUGAUGGAGGGGUCCUGGUAGAGCAGCGACUCCCCAGGGAGAUGCCAGUGGCCUGGCCCCUCUCCUUCGACCAGGGCAGCCCAAGGAGGUGGUGGGACAUCCCCUGCUGUCCCCUCCUUCCUGCUGGCCUAGCAUGCUUGUGGUGAUGGUGCUUCCCAUGCAUCCCUUAGUCAUCAGGGUUUGUCCUCCUCGCUUGAGAGCUCCUCAAGGACCGGUGGCACUGUGCAGGCAGGGCAGUGCUGGGGUCAACUGAGGCGUUGGAGCAGGCAGGAGCCACCAGCCAGGCAGUCAUGCUGGAAGUGCCCCAGGGUGAUGGUGGAGCUGCAUCCUG